AUGGAGUACAACUUCGUGGAUCUCUCCGAAGCCACGCUGCGCGACGUCCAUCUGCCCGCCUUCAAGGCCACGCUGGACGCGGGCGCGCUGACGCUCAUGAGCGCCUUCAACGACAUUGCCGGUGUGCCGGCCACUGGAAACAGGUGGCUCAUGACUGAGAUCCUUCGCAAAGAGUGGGGGUUCAAAGGCUUCGUAGUCUCGGACUACACCGCCGACGAGGAGCUGAUCCACCACGGCUUCGCAGCCGACGGAAAGGAUGCAGCGCGUUUGGCCUUCACGGCCGGCGUGGACAUGAGCAUGCAGAGCGGACUGUAUGUGGAACAUCUUCCUGAGUUGGUGUCCAAGGGUCAGGUCACCAUGGAAGAAGUGGACGAAGGAGUUCGAAGGAUCUUGCGGGUCAAGAGAGCCAUAGGUUUGUUCGACAAUCCCUACAAAUGUUUAGACCUUGAACGUGAGAAGAGCUUGAAGAAGCUGACGCUGGAGCAUGAUGAGUUGGCACGGGACGCUGCGAGGCGUUCCAUGGUGUUGCUGAAGAACGAUGGAGAUGUGCUGCCCUUGAAGAAGUCAGGUCAAAAGAUCGCGCUGAUCGGACCUUUCGCGGCAGAUCAAGAGAAUCUUCAGGGAUGCUGGACCGUCUACGGGGACAAGGCCCGGGCGGUGCCUGUAGAUGUAGGGCUGAAGCAAGCGAUGAAAACACCGGAGGAUUUGGAGGUGGUGAAAGGCUGCGAGAUCGAAACUGCCACGGAGAGCGGCAUUGAAGAAGCUGUCAUGGCUGCAAGAAGAGCCGACGUAGUGCUGCUGGCGUUGGGUGAGCCCGAAGACUUCUCGGGCGAGUCGCAGAGUCGGACGCAGAUCGUGGUGCCGGCGGCGCAGCAGCGUCUGGCCGAAGCAGUGGCGGCCACGGGAAAACCCAUCGUGGUGCUGCUGAGAACAGGACGCGCCUUGGCCGUGAGCGGCGCUGUCCAGAAGGCACAGGGUUUGCUGGUCACGUGGUUCUUGGGGACGCAGACCGGAACAGCUGUGGCGGAUGUGGUCUUUGGUGACUACAACCCUUCAGGUCGGCUGCCGUGCAGCUUCCCCGCGGAUUCCGGACAGCAGCCCCUGUUUUACAACGCACCGCGAACGGGGCGACCGCAGGGCGAUGGACCCCGGACCUUUAAGGCGACAUGGAGAGAGGUGCCAAGUAAGGCCUUGUUCCCCUUCGGCUUUGGUCUCAGUUACACAUCUUUCUCCUUCAGUAGUCCAACGUUAAGCUCCAGCACCUUGCCCUGGGAUGGCGCCUUAAAGGCUUCCGUGCAGGCGCGACAUGUCGGCGCUCGUGCGGGGGAAGAAGUGGUGCAGCUCUAUGUCCACGACGUGGUGGCGUCCAGAGUGCGUCCCGUACGUGAGCUCAAAGGCUUUCACAAGGUUCUACUUCAACCUGGCGAAGCCCGAGAGGUUUCGUUUGAGCUCAAGAGGUCUGAUCUCAGCUUCCACGGCUCGGAUGGUCGCCUCGUCGCGGAGCCGGGGGACUUUCACUUGUGGAUCUCACAGUCCUCGGUGCGACUCGGGAUGGGUUCGGGAUCUCAUGGGGAUUUCACCAAGAAUUUGGGAUGUGAAAAAAACUGUGGAUGGUUGCGAAAUCCACCAGUUGAAAACACUGAUUUAUCAUGA